AAGCACACACACACGCACACACACACACACAAAAAAAAAGGCUCUCUCCCCUAAUUAUAGUUUUUUUUUUGUUUCCCUUUUUAAUUUUUUUAUUUUAACUCUUUCAUCAUCAUUCUCAUUUCUUUAAUAAAUGGUGGACAUUGUAUACAAAUUCGAAGCGUUUAGUUUUACAGGUGUUUGUCAGACAGUGGCUCUUCCACUUUGUCCUUUAAUAGGACAAGUCAAUGGUGUCGAGCCUGUUUGUUAUUCUCGUAAUAUUGAUAUUGGAGGAAAUCUUGUUUUUCAGCCUGCAACUCUUGUGAUUGAUAUUGUGGCUAUUGUUAUGACGGCCAUCAUGAUUUAUCAUAUUCGAUCCAAAUACACCGCUGUUGGUCGAAAGGAAAUUGUCAUGUUUUUCUAUUUAUACAUGAUGACUACGUUUUUAGAGAUGUUACUUGUUACUGGUAUUAUUCCUACAUCCUCUCCAGUCUAUCCAUGGUUUACAGCAGUCCAUGUUGGAUUUUUAUGUGCUACAUUUUGGUGUUUAUUACUGAAUGGAUUUGUUGGAUUUCAAUUUGCAGAAGACGGUACACCAUUAUCACUCUGGUCGAUCCGUAUUAGUUCGUUUGUUAUAUUCUUGGUGACUGGAUUUAUUGCAAUUGCAACGUUUAAAGAAAUAGGACCAUUCACUUUCACGAAACCCGGUGCAUUAUGGGCUUUUUAUUUCAUUAUUAAUGGUGUUGCAUUCAUUGUCUAUGUGAUUUCACAAAUGAUUUUAGUGGUCAAUACAUUGGACGACCGUUGGCCCUUGGGUGAUAUCUUGUUUGGUACGGCCUUCUUUGUGAUUGGUCAAGUCAUUCUUUAUAUCUUUUCCGUUACCAUCUGUGAUCAGGUCAAACACUAUGUGGAUGGCUUGUUCUUUGGUACGAUUUGUACUUUAUUAGCUGUCAUGAUGGUUUACAAAUACUGGGAUUCCAUCACCAAGGAAGAUUUGGAAUUCUCGGUUGGAUCUAAACAAAAUAUUUGGGAAGUGAAGGAACUUUUACAAGAGGAUGAACUCUCUCAAUCCUAUGGUGGAACUCAAUAUACACCACCACCUCAACAACAACAACAAUAUGGUCAACAAUAUCAUCAUCAGCAACAACAACAACAACAGCAAUACCCAUAUUAAAAAAAAAAUUACUUUUCAAUAAAUUAUCUAUAUUUUAUA